GCGUGAAUUAUAAUAGAACAAGCCCGAGCUGCAGCCCCAUAGUCCUUCAAUGGCGCCUUGAAUUGAUUCGACGCACUUUCCACAACGUCAUCCAUCACCAUCAGUUCAUUUCCUUUGUGCUGAAGCCUGAAUGUCAUGAAACCUCCAAGAAAACCUGCUUCUAACCUCCUAUUCAAACCAACAACUUAUUCAAGAAAUCAUGAUAAAAAUCCAUCUUUGAUUUCUCAGUUCUCAACACCAGAAUCACAUAAAUUGCAGAGCCCACCUAUAAUCCACCUUUUCUCCUCCAAGAUUCUUCCAUGUUCAUCCCUAAUUCCGCACAACAGCCACAAUCUUCAUUCACCAUACCAACCAAAACCGACCAGCAAAAUCACGUAUUGUGGCUGCAUAUCCCCAAAGCAUGGAUCUUUAUGUGCCAAAUUUCUUGAUUCCAUUGGAAAAACGAAACCCAUUUUCAAGCCCUUUCAUAUCGACCAAAUGGCACCGAGAUUCACGCAAAGACGAAUAUUUUCAUCUUCAAAAUCAGACCCUAUUGCUUCAGAUCCUGUCAAUGUCGUUUCCACUGUGAAUUCACCAUUGGAGGGCUCCUCUCCCCUUGAUGCUGGCUCUUCAAUAAGAAAGCCCAUCAGUUUAUGGCCUGGCAUGUACCAUUCACCUGUGACAAAUGCAUUGUGGGAAGCAAGAUCAAGCAUUUUUGAGAGGCUUUCAGAUGUCCCAGAAAAUGCCCCUCGACAGAGUGAAUUGGUAACAAAGACUCCAUCAAAGAGUAGGACGAGUGUUUUGUAUAAGUUCUCUGAUGACUAUAUACUUAGGGAGCAGUAUAGGAAUCCCUGGAAUGAGAUUAGGCUGGGGAAGUUGCUUGAGGACCUUGAUGCUUUGGCUGGAACUAUAUCCUUUAAGCAUUGUUCCAGUGAAGAUAGCUCCACUAGGCCCUUAAUAUUAGUUACAGCUUCAGUGGACAAGAUGGUCCUCAGGAAGCCAAUUCCGGUCGACACUGAUCUAACAAUAGUUGGCGCUGUUACUUGGGUUGGGAGAUCAUCCAUGGAGAUUCAACUAGAAGUGAUGCAAUCCUCAAAAGCAGAAACAUCUGAUCCCUCGGAGGCAGUUGCUCUUACAGCUAACUUCACUUUUGUGGCCCGUGAUUCUAAGACUGGAAAAUCAGCUAUAAUUAACCAGAUCUCUCCAGAAACAGAAAAAGAAAAAUUGCUCUGGAAUGAAGCAGAGGAGAGGAACAAAUUGAGGAAAAAGAAGAAAGGAGAACAAAAGAAAGAAAUUAAUGAUGAGGAAGUGAAAAGGCUCAACGAAUUGCUAUCUGAGGGCCGAGUGUUUUGUGAUAUGCCAGCUUUGGCAGACAGAGAUAGCAUUCUUAUAAAGGACACUUGCCUUCAGAAUUCUUUAAUGUGCCAACCACAGCAAAGGAACAUUCAUGGAAGAAUAUUUGGGGGAUUUUUGAUGCGAAGAGCUUUUGAGCUGGCCUUUGCAACUGCUUAUUCCUUUGCUGGAAGUGCACCUUGCUUUGUUGAAGUUGAUCAUGUCGAUUUCCUAAAACCAGUUGAUGUUGGAAACUUCCUACGUUUCAAUUCUUGUGUGUUGUAUACAGAACUUGAGAAUCCAGCACAACCUAUGAUUAAUGUGGAAGUUGUUGCUCAUGUUAUGAGGCCUGAGCUUAGAUCCAGUGAGGUAUCCAACAAGUUCUACUUCACAUUCACUGUCCACUCAGAUGCACUGAAAAAUGGUCUGAAAAUUCGGAAUGUAGUUCCGGCGACUGAGGAGGAAGCACGGCGAGUGAUUGAACGUAUGGAUGCUGAGAGGUCGUAGAAUAUAAUUCUUGUUAAGAGCUGGUCAGAUUAACCGGAUAGGUUAAUGGUUUCUGCCCAGAUUUUCGUCUUUGAAAUCUUUUUAUAGUUGAUUUAGAACUAACUGAAAGCUAUUUAUUUGUGUAGAUAAAACUGAUUGGA